AUGAUGUCUAUUAAUCACUUAUCUCUAAGUUUAUUACUUUUUGUAUCAUUCUAUACUGUUAAUACAUUUGGCUUCACGAAAACAAUAGAUUUAAAUUUAUCUUGGAAUAACUGUGGACCAAGUACAGAUUCAAUUCAAUUACAAAGUCUUUCCAUUACUCCUGAUCCAAUUCGUAUACCAGGAGGUUUUAAUAUAACCGGUUCUGCCAGUGUAGCAUUAGAAAUUCCAACAGAUGUUCAUGUCACAGUUUUACUUGAACGUAAAGUGGGUCCAUUUUUUGUAAAAGUUCCAUGUGUUGAUAAUUUUGGUUCAUGUAAUUAUGGUAACGCUUGUGAAUUAUGGGCAGAAUUUUGUCCAAAGUAUGCCGCCAGAUUUGGUUUACCAUGUGAAUGUCCUAUUGCAGCAAAUAUAUAUUCUGUAUCCAAUGCAAAUAUAGUUGUUGACAAAAAAGUUCCACCAGAAUUAUUAGGUGAAUAUCGCGCUACUGUUGAUAUUGGUUCAAGUCAAAAUCAUCUCGGUUGUGUUAAUAUUGAUUUAUCAAUCAAAAAAUAA